AUGAUCAGACUCCUCCCCCGUUCCACUCUCAUUCGCUCAAGAAUGCCCAUUGCUAUUGGAUCCCGUGCGCUUUCUUCUCGCGCCUCUGGCGUGCUCUCCGCCCUUGGCCUCAGCACCGACCAGCCCAUCCCCGGUGUCUACGACGGCAAGUGGGGUGGAUCCGGCCCCCUCGUCGAGAGCCACUGCCCGACCACCGGCGAGGUCAUCGCCCGUGUUCAGACAGCCACUCCCGAGGAGACCCGCAUGGCCAUCGCCAAGAGCGCCGAGGCCGCCCGCGCAGUCCGCAACAUGCCCGGACCCAAGCGUGGCGAGGUCAUCCGCCAGAUCCGCGAGGCGCUCAACGACAAGGUUGGCGCGCUCGGCGACCUCAUUUCGCUCGAGAUGGGCAAGAUCAAGUCCGAGGGCAAGGGAGAGGUUCAGGAGUUCAUUGACAUUUGUGACCACGCCGUCGGUCUCUCUCGCUCGAUCCAGGGCCGCGUCCUGCCCUCGGAGCGUGCCGACCACGUCAUCUACGAGAUCCCGAACCCCCUCGGUGUCGUUGGUAUUCUGUCCGCGUUCAACUUCCCCGUCGCUGUGUACGGCUGGAACUUCUCCGUCGCCCUUGCGGCCGGAAACGCGACCAUCUGGAAGCCUUCGCCCACGACGCCUCUCUGCGCCAUCGCUGUGACCAAGCUCAUUACUCCCGUGCUUGAGGCAAACGGUCUCCCCGGCGCUGCUGCCGCGCUGGUGUGCGGUGACGUCGAUGUCGGCAAGACUGUCGUUGGCUCCGAGGACAUUCCGCUCAUCUCUUUCACCGGCUCCGAGAAGGUCGGCAAGGAGGUCGGCAAGGCCGUCAUGGACCGCUUCGGCAAGACGAUCCUUGAGCUUGGCGGCAACAAUGCGGUCAUCGUCGACAAGGACGCGGACCUCUCGCUUGCGCUGCAAGGCGUCCUCUUCGCGGCUGUCGGCACGGCAGGCCAGCGCUGCACCUCCACCCGCCGCCUACUGUUGCACAAGGACAUCGCGAAGGAGUUCCUCUCUAAGCUACUGCCCAUCUACGACUCCCAGACUCUCCCGACCGGCGACCCGCUCGACCCCUCGACUCUGAUCGGCCCUCUGCACAAUGAGGCCGCUGUGCAGAACUACGAGCGCGCGCUUGAGGGCGUCACGUCUCGCGGCGGCGAGAUCCUCACGAAGAACUCGGGCCGCUACACGCCGAAGAACGGCGAUCUCUCGGGCGGAUCGUGGGUGUACCCGACUGUCGUGAAGCCGAAGCUCGACGACCCCUGCUGGCGCGAGGAGGUGUUUGCGCCGAUCCUCUACGUCGCCGAGUUCGAGACGCUCGAGGACGCGAUCAAGCUCAACAACGCUGUUCCGCAGGGUCUUUCGUCGUCCCUCUUCACUUCAGGCCUGAGGGCUAUGGGUCAGUGGCUUGGCCCGAACGGAAGCGACUGCGGUAUCGUUAACGUCAACGUUGGCACGAGCGGAGCUGAGAUUGGCGCCGCGUUCGGCGGAAACAAGUCGACGGGAUGGGGACGCGAGAGCGGCGGAGACGCUUGGAAGCAGUACGUCCGCUGGAGCGCUGCUACCGUCAACUAUGGCGACAAGCUGCCGCUCGCCCAGGGUGUCUCCUUUGGCCCCUCGUCGUAA